AACAACACCUUUUCAUCACAGAUGAUCGGACUCUUCUCCUCUUCUCUCUCGAUUCACAAUUUCUUCAAUCCGAUAAAUUCUUUUUUAUUAUUACUGUAAACCCUUUCCCUUCUCCAGAAUACAUAAAAAUUAAAUAAAUAAAUAAAAGAUUAUUUCGAUUUUAUUUUGUUUGAUAUACGCAACUCUUUUCUUGAUCAAUCAGUAGAGUCUUUUAUUGUGUAGGGUUUAAAGGGUUCAUCAAGAAAAUUACAAUGUCGAACGGCAGUGAUUACAGCUCUCAGCCGCGAGGGUUCUUGACGCCGCCGCCCACAUGGCGGACAAGAAGGUGUUCUCCGGUGAUGCCCGGAUCGGAGAAGAAACCUCUAUCCAAAGAUUGCCCCUUUCAUAUCAUUCACAAAGUCCCUUCUGGUGAUUCUCCCUAUGUCAGAGCCAAACAUGCACAGCUGAUAGACAAAGAUCCAAGCAGAGCUAUUUCUCUGUUCUGGGCUGCGAUAAAUUCCGGUGAUCGAGUCGAUAGUGCCCUAAAAGACAUGGCUGUUGUUAUGAAACAAUUGGACCGUUCCGACGAAGCAAUCGAAGCCAUCAAAUCUUUCCGCCAUCUCUGCCCUUUUGAAUCUCAAGAAUCCAUUGACAACAUAUUAGUUGAACUGUACAAGCAAUCUGGCAGAAUCGAGGAGGAGAUUGUAAUGCUUCAGGUAAAACUGAAGCAAUUAGAAGAAGGAAUCGCUUUCGGUGGGAAACGGACAAAGAUGGCAAGGUCUCAAGGAAAGAAGAUUCACAUCACCGUCGAAAAGGAAUAUUCGAGGUUGUUAGGGAAUCUUGGUUGGGCUUACAUGCAGCAGAAAGACUACAAGUGCGCCGAAGAGCAUUAUAGAAAAGCGCUGUCGUUUGAAUCGGAUAAGAACAAGCAGUGCAAUUUAGCAGUAUGCUUGAUGCACAUGAACAAGUUGACAGAAGCAAAGUUGCUGCUCCAAGCAACUUCUGACAACAAUGGUCGUAUAGACGAGACGCAUGUCAAAUCGUACGAGCGUGCCUAUCAAAUCCUGCUCGAGUUCGAGUCACAGCAGAAAUCUCCGUCUGUCGAGAAAAGAGCGUUUACCGAUUUUCCUUACGAGAAAAGAGCCGAUUCUAAUAAUUGGAGAACAAAUCAGUGUCAGCCUAACAACAUGGGACAGAAAGAAGCUUCUUCUCAGCUCAAAAGGGCCCACGAAACUCCUUGCAAUCGUACUAUUCCGAAAGUACCCUUGACCCAGCCACAGAGACGUUCGAGAAUGGGCGGGCCCACAGAAAAUGGAAAUGGAUUUUCUUGUCGGAAGUUGUGCUUUGGGUCAUUUGUCGGUAGUGAAAAUGGGCAGUCGCUAGUGAACCAAAACGUAAACUACUAUUCCAACGUUCAUCCUCUGAGCGAGACGCCAAGAAUUGUACCGCAAUUUUUGGAAAAACGUCCUCCGUUCGACGGUGGAGAUUGGAGAAAGAAUUCAACUGUGAAGUUACCCUUAGAAACUAAAGAUCAAGAAUCUGACUUGCCUUCAGAAUCGGAAUCUUCUUCUACAGACUGUAGAAAAACUAAAGAAGAAACACCCGAUAAGAAAAACACAGUUCAAGGUUAUCGAAAAACUUGCGGGUUUUCGAAAUGUGAACACAAAAAUUGGGCCGAUAUGGUUGAAGAAGAAGAAGAAGAAGAAGAAGGGUUUAAUGAUGAGAAUGUGAACUCUAACAUAAUUCACGAGACACCUAAACCGCUCGACUCGGUCAAGAAAUUAGGUCAGAAGAUUGAAAGGAUUGAUCUUGGAAGUGGAUACUUCACUCAACCGGAGAAACCCGCCGUACAGACGAACCAAUCAACAGCUAGGCGGUCUCUGUGUUUCGAUCAGAAUCCGAAUUCAGACACGGCGAAUCUUCAUUGUACCUCGCCAUUAACAACGAAAGUUUUCAACUUUGAAGACCAAGAUAUGGGGACUCCAUCUUCAGAAGAUUUCGGGUCCGACAAAUCUAUAAAGCGUAGGAACAGGCUGCAGGUUUUCCGGGACAUAACACUCGUUUCCGAAAACUAGCUAUUGAAUUAUACGUAUGUUUUUCUUGAAGUAGAGUAAGAUGAUUCUUUUGUUUUAAAUUUUUUAUAGUGAUCGAAUUUUAAACGUACGUAUAAAUGUAGUAAUACUUGAGAAUUAUUUCCAGUCCAUCAAACAAACACGAGUAAAAUUACGAUAAAAGAACAUUUUAUUCGAAGACGAUGAAUCUUAUUGAUCAAA